AUGUAUUCUUUAAAAAGAAAUACUCCUUUUAAACACGUAUGGUCAUUUUUAAGAUUAUACAGUUCAGGAAGAAGAACACAUUAUGAAGUUCUUAAUCUACACAAGACCUGUACAGACAAGGAAAUAAAGGAUGCAUUUAUACAGAUGAGCAAGGAGUACCAUCCAGACAAAAACAAAAGUUCAAAGGCUCAAGAGAAUUUUGUACGAAUUGUGGAAGCCUAUAAUGUUCUGGGAAAACCAAGUAGUAGGGCACAAUAUGACCAAAUGUCAGAAGUAGAAGGGUAUUCCUAUGUUUAUAAAACUCAUGUACCUUAUAAUCUUAGAAAAAAUCCACAAUAUGGGUACUAUAAUGCAAAUACUAAAUCUACAAAUAAUACAAAUUCAGAUUCAUAUUAUGGAGUAAAAGGAGUGCAUAAGAUACCAAACAUAACACUUGUUAUGAUUUGUUUUGGUGUGGCCAUUAUUGGUGUCAUUUUACAAGUGGUUGUAAUUAGGGAGUCCUAUUUUAUGCACAGAAAAAGAACUCAAGAAAAAUCCAUAAAGCUUGCAGAAGAAUUGGAAAGGGUUAGAGAUGCAGCAAGAGGAAAAACUAGAGAUAUGCAGACACAAGUGUUGUUGGAUAAAAUCGUGACGGCAGCCAAUCCAUCCGUCGCCACAGCUUCCUUGGGACAAGCACUGGCCGAAGAAAAAAAG